GCUUCGGACUUUAUUUUUUAAAUAAUAUACCUUUUAUCGGGACACUAUUUAGAAUGCAUCAUCAGCUCUUUCCAUUUCUUCUCUCUAAGGGUAAGGUCAAACUGGGCGUUUCGGGAAGAUUUAGUCGCCUGGUGACUAAUCGCCUUGUCUUUGCGGUGACCAAUCUCCCUGCACGGCUUCCCUCACUCUUGUGCUGGCUAAAAUCACCGGCGCUAAGCCCACGCAGAGAUUCGUUUUACGAAGUCGCCUCGUGAGGCAACUAGUACUGAUUUUAUUUUAGUACCAUACUAUUUAUUAGUAUUAACAUCGGAAUACAAGUGAAAUGCACUAGAAAACAGCAUGUUACCAUAGGUUGUUGACUUGGUAUGUUUACAUUUUAUUGUGCCCCCAAAAGACUUUUUUUUUUCUUUACGGAAAAGAGUAUUCUAUCGAAACAGACCGUUAAUACUUGAACAUCCAUAUUCCCCAAGCUAUGCUAUCUGUAGUCCACUCACAACACCUUUUUAAACAUAGCAGGGCAUGCUGUUUCAGAGAGGCUUACAUCACGCCAUUGUGAACACCUUUAUAUAUUCAUAAACCAACGCUCUAAAUUGUGCCGUAACCUGUUCAUAUGUAUAUGAAUGUGCUGCUAACAAUCCCUUGGUUCAUUUUAUAGCUCCUUUAGGGAUUUAUCAGUGUCCUGCUUAAAAAAGCAAGCAAGAAUAGUCACAAACUGUGAAUUCUAUGUUGCACUGCCUGUCGUAUUUUAAAUCUGUCUCCUGUACUGUUGAUAAAAACUGGUCACUUGUGUAGUGAAAGCUAAAACAUGUAUUCCUGGAAAAGGUUGUAUUGUACAGGGUCCAUCUGAAUGCAAGAGAGAAAGCGUCUGUAAUUUGAUCUGUGCAUGAAAGCUGUGCUGAGGGUAGCAUGCUGCAGACAUAAGCUGUGUCAAUAGGAACUCUUUUCAGUCUGUGCAAACAGCCUCGUGACCCAUGUUUGAUUGGCAGCCUCUAGGAGGGAGGGCCUUUCUUUAGAAACAGCUCACAUUUUGGCGGCACUUCUGACUGACCCAUUUCCUGACUGCCACUCAUUUUCUGCUUCUCGGUCUGGGAUUCCUUGACUGCACAUACGCUUUAUCUUUGUGGGCCAGUGUUGGAGUAACGACAGAAAGUGAACAAGCAAAAGGAACGAGUGCUUUUCUCGACGUGAAAUUCCUAAAAAAAAAAAAAAAAUGCUGCAUUGGUUAGAGGGAAAUUACCAGUCACAAAAGAGAAUGAGGUUGCUGAAACGUGCCUUUACCGAAGCCAACACUGCUUGGAUUUCUAUCUAGUGCUGCCUCUCCUAUUUUUUUUUUUUUUUGCUUUGCUUUUUUUUUUUUUUCUUCAUUUUGCCGUUGCUUGCAGGCCACACCCCAACGGCAAUCCAUUUAACCUGUUUUCACUUAAACAGUUCUGAUUUCACUUUUUCUACAUUAAAACGCAGUUAGGCUUGAAUGUAACAUUCAUCAACUGAAUAAAUACAUAUAACAGCAGCAAAAUUAGAAACUUGCUAUUGGUUUCAUUUGGAGCACAGAAUUGUCUUAAGACUGCCGGUUUCAUCUAAGAGAUUCCAGAACUGGCUGAAAGAUAUUAAACAAAAAAAACGAAUACUUUUGAACUUUGACUUUUUGCACUUUUCAUGAGCUGGCCUCUAAUUAAAUUUAUUUUUGUUUCCGAGUUAUCAGAUUAAAAGUCUAUUUUAUGAUUGGAUUUUAUUCUCUUAUUUUAUGUGUUUUUUUGUCUUGACUAAUAGAUUGACUUUGUAAAAACAAACCGAAGUGCUGACAAUUUUUUUUUUUACCAAAGCUACAAGACAAAUUUUUUUUUGUCCAGUUAAGCUUGAAAUCCCAUAUUCCCUUAUUACCCUUUUCUAGAAAGUGGAAAAUUGUGUUAGAAAAGGAAAAGUACCUCUAUCCAGGGGUUUCAUAAUAUGGCCGUUAACGUUUCCCUGGUACGUGACACAAAAUGGCUGACGCUGGAAGUUUGUCGAGAGUUCCAGAGAGGCACUUGUUCAAGAUCCGAUGUGGAGUGCAAAUUUGCUCACCCUUCUCGGAGUUGCCAUGUGGAAAAUGGUCGAGUAAUUGCUUGCUUUGACUCAUUAAAGGGUCGAUGUACAAGAGAAAAUUGUAAAUAUCUUCAUCCUCCCCCGCACUUAAAAACUCAGUUAGAAAUCAAUGGAAGGAACAAUCUCAUACAGCAAAAGACAGCAGCAGCAAUGUUUGCACAGCAGAUGCAAUUCAUGCUCCCGGGCACACAGUUACAGCCAAUCACCACAUUCCCCGUGACACAAUCACUUGCUACAAGUCCUUCCAUGGCUUUUAGCCCAUACCUAAGUCAUGUGUCCCCAGGAAUGGGCUUAGUUCCUGCUGAGCUUCUACCAAAUACACCUGUUUUGGUCUCUGGAAACCCAGCUGUUACAGUACCUGGAGGCUCUGCUGGUCAGAAACUUAUGCGCACAGACAAACUAGAGGUAUGCAGAGAGUUCCAGCGGGGGAACUGUACCCGUGGUGAGAAUGACUGUCGUUAUGCUCACCCAAUAGACAUUGCCAUGAUUGAAACAAACGAAAACACUGUAACUGUUUGCAUGGAUUACAUCAAAGGGAGAUGCUCUCGAGAGAAAUGCAAGUACUUUCACCCCCCUGCACAUUUGCAAGCCAAAAUAAAGGCAGCCCAGCACCAGGUGAACCAAACAGCAGCUGCCAUGGCUCUGCAGCCUGGAGCACUUCAACCUUUACCAAAGAGGCCAGCACUUGAGAAGAGUAAUGGUGCCACAACGGUGUUUAACCCAAGUGUUUUCCACUACCAACAAGCUCUAGCAAAUAUGCAGUUACAACAACCUACAUUUAUCCCUACAGUAGACCAUGUUGAAUUUCUGAACAGCAGAAUAGUGGAGUACCAGAAUUUAUCCGUGGGGAGUUAUUCAUGGCCUUUCUGUAAAUAUCCCCAUUUGGCAUCCUCUACCAGCUCGACAGUAAGCCUGCUGCAGCCUACAUGUUAACCAAAAAAAGAAAUAAUUUAAAAAAAAAAAAACCAGAAUCAUGGGAAUGUCUGAAUAUCGCACUAUGGGAAAAAGCUAACAUCGCUCUUUCAAAACAGUUAUAUAAGUAGGAUAUUAUAAUAGACUUUUGUAACACAUUUACUUUUAAUACAUGUAAUCAUUUUAUGUGUACCAUAUUAAAUGUGUACACACAGUGAACUGUUGGUUUACUGUAUAUUAUUGAUGGAUUCAUGUUUAAAGUGUUAUCUUACUGUUUUGUUUACAUCGUAGUUAAUUCAUUUUUUGCGUGUGCAUCAUUAUUGAGUAUAUUCAAGACAAUUUUUUUUAAUUGUGAUUUUUUUUCAUUCAUUGUUGUUUUGUAAUAAUUUUGGGUAUUAUGCCAAACAGGGACAAGGUGGUUUUUGAAAUGGGUCUAAAAUAUAUAUAUUUUAGGGACCUGCCCGUCUCAUUUUGUACAUUAAAAUCAGGCCACUUAAUUGAUACUGAUUUUUAUUAGGGAGCCUAUUUAUCAAGAGUCGAAUUUCGAAUUGAAAAAAACUUCGAAAUUCGAAUUGAAAUAGACCAACUGAAAUUAAGUUG